ACUCCAGGUAGACUGGUGGAUCAUCUUCGACAAACACCGAACUUUGCGCAACAACAAUUAGCCCGUGUCCGUCAUUUGGUUUUGGACGAAGCCGAUCGUAUGUUAAACAUGGCCUUUGCCGAAGAUUUGGACACCAUUUUGAACCAUUUUCAAAAACCGGCACCGAAGAAGAAAAAGAGGAAGAAGAGAGCCUUAGAGAAACUGUCCCUGUUGGACCGUAUCUCACAAGCUCAAGGAGGUUAG